CGAUGCGUAAAGCCUAAACUCCUUUCCCGGAAAAAAUCUCCAGGUUAAUUUCUUCCUUUUCCUCUUUCUAAAACGUAAAACCCCUCUCUUUCUAAAACCCUCUAGUCUCUAUUUCCUUCCAUACCCAAUAAAGAAACUCACUCCAUAUCUGCAACAAGCCAACAAUGUCUUUCUGCUAAUUUCUAGAGUCUUUUAGUGGCCAUGCUUCAUAAUUUCAAUAUCUUCGUUACUUUUGCUUUUAUCUUCUGCUUCAAUGUGAAAAAUUUCGGGGCCCUGGCUUUCUCUGGGCCCCACAUUGCGGAUGUCAACAUUCUUUUGCCCCCCAGAAUGACUCAUCCUGUUGAGUAUCGUCUCCUUGGAAGUGAUGGCUGCUUCAAAUGGUCAUGGGAUCAUCAUGAUGUUUUAUCUGUUGUACCUGAAUACAAUGAAAGUAAUCAUUGUUCAACUAGUGCUCGACUACGAUCAAUUGCUCCCUACACCGGACGAAAGGAGACGGCUGUUUAUGCUGCUGAUGUUCGCACAGGAACUGUAGUUCGUUGUAAGGUGUAUAUUGACAUGUUCUCGAAGAUUCAGAUCUUCCAUAGCUCUAUUAAACUUGACUUAGAUGGUCUUGCGACUCUCCGGGUCCGUGCAUUUGAUAGUGAAGAUAAUGUCUUCUCCUCAUUAGUGGGCUUGAGGUUCAUGUGGCAACUGAGGCCUCAAAGUGACAAGUCAUCUCAUCACCUUGUUCAUGUCCCUUUGAGUGAUUCUCCUCUAAGUGACUGCAGUGGAUUUUGUGGUGACUUAAAUAUUCAGAUAAAGCUUGAAGAUACUGGAGUGUUUUCAGACCUUUAUGUAGUGAAGGGAAUUAGCAUUGGGCAUGAGAUUGUCUCUGUUCAUUUGCGGGAGCCACAAUUUGAUAACAUGACAGAUGAGAUUGUUUUGACUGUAGCUGAAGCCAUGUCACUGGAUCCUCCUUCCCCAGUUCUUGUUCUUGUUGGUGCUAUAGUGCAGUACAGACUUAAAGUCAUUAGUGGCAACAUUCCAAAAGCUGUGCCUUUGCCCUCUCCAUUUCACCUCUGGUUUGCCUUAAAUACUUCCAUUGCUCAGGUGGAUGCUAUGACUGGUCUUGUGCAUGCAUUAAAACUAGGGGAAACCAGUAUAAGAGUGGAGGAUACCAGGGUUGCUGGACAUGUCCAGAUGUCAUCUCUGAAUGUUGUCCUGCCAGAUUAUAUGUCUUUAUAUUUGUUGCCUAUAUCUGGAUCUGGUGACGCUACUGAGGGACUAAAACCAGUCUCAAAUGCACGUUGGUACGUCGUUUCUGGCCGACAAUAUCUCAUUGAAUUGAAGGUUUUCUCUCGAGGGCCUGAUGCGCAAGUAAUCUAUAUAACGAAGAAUGAGGAUGUGAAAUUGUACUAUGAUCAGCCAAAACAUUGGAAAAUUUUUGCCACACCAGAGAGUAUUACAGCCAAGUAUGGUUGGCAGCAUUCAAGAAUUUUGGAGGCGACAGUAGGAGGCCUUGGAAAGUUGUCAGCAUCUUUGACUUAUUCUACUGACCGUCUUGAGGCAAAGGAGGCUCUAAAGGUUGUGCAAGAAGUUAUGGUCUGUGAUCAAGUGAGGGUUAUAGAAGAAGAAAGGAAUAUUUCAUUGUCAUCCAUUAUGCUCCCGUGGUCACCAGAUAUUUAUCAGGAAGCAGAGCUAAAUGCCGCAGGAGGUUGUGCAACUACACCGGCUGAAUAUAGAUGGCUUUCCUCUGAUAGCAGUAUUUUAUCUGUAUCAAAUAUGGGUGUUGUUCAGGCCAAGAGGCCUGGUAAAGCCACUGUGAAAGUUGUUUCCAUUUUUGAUAAUCUCAAUUUUGAUGAGGUGAGUAUUGAAGUUGCUGUGCCUUCUUCAAUGGUUAUGUUACCAUACUUUCCUGUGGAGACUGUUGUAGGAUCACACCUACAGGCUUCCUUGGCUAUGAAGGCAUCAAAUGGUGAUUUUUUUUACCGCUGUGAUGCUUUUAGUUCAUCCAUAAAGUGGUAUAGUGGAAGUGAUUUUUUCAUAAUUGUUAAUUCCUCUGUUGAGGCAUCCCUGAAGAACAAGCGACCUAAAUUUGGUCCCGCUUGUGCCCAAACCUAUCUUUAUGCUGCAAGUUCUGGUCGAGCUGUUUUGCAUGCAACUUUUUCAAGUCAUGUAAACAAUGGUUAUAGCAGGCAGAUAUCAUUGAAAGCAUCUGCUCCAGUUGCAGCCUUUUCACCACUUAUGGUACAUCAAGCUAGAGAUGGCAAUAAGUUUGGUGGUUACUGGUUUGAUUUGGAGGAAAAAGGAAUCCAUAUUGGAUUGAAAAAUCUAAAGAAUUUAUAUCUCACACCUGGGUCCUAUUCAAAUGUUGUACUUGUUGGAGGACCUGAAAGGUGGAGGAAAGAUAUUGAUUACAUCCAAAAAGUUGAUGUUCUUGAUGAAUUGUGUUCCCUUCCAAAAGAUGGAGCCUUGGUUCAGCAAGUAAAAAAUUCAGAAGGAAAUGAAUACAUAAUUUUAUGCCAAGUGCUUGGUAACUUUACACUUGUUUUCAAACGUGGGAAUAUGGUGGGAGAUGACCAUCCACUGCCUGUGGUUGCUGAGGCAAUAUUGCGGAUUGAUUGUAGCUUUCCCUCUUCAAUUGUGGUUCUCGCUGAUGAACCUGUAAACAAAUUGGACAUUAUACAAAAUGCUAUUCAAGCUGACCGUAAUCCUGGCCGCAUUCGCUCCAUGCCGAUAUCUGUAGCAAAUGGGCAGACCAUUAGAGUAUCAGCAGUAGGAAUUAGCAAUUCUGGACAUGCUUUUGCCAACUCAUCUUCUAUCCCCUUAAGAUGGGAAUUGAACAAUUGUCAGGAGUUGGCAUCUUGGGAUGAGGCUUAUAAUUCUCAGAUGUCUUUAUCCAGUUGGGAAAGAUUUUUACGUCUAGAGAAUGCAUCAGGACAGUGCACUGUUCAUGCUGAGGUUCAGAAUCAUUUCAACUAUGUCUCUCCUGUAUCUGAAGCUCCUGAGAAUCUUCUUCAAGAUGCUAUUCAUCUUCAGGUGAUCUCUAUGCUGCAAGUUUACCCAGAAUACAACCUGCUAUUCUUCAAUCCUGAUGCGAAGAUGAAUCUUUCAGUUGUUGGAGGAAGUUGCUUUCUAGAGGUUAUCGUGGAUGAUUCUGAAGUUGUAGAAGUCAUGGAGCCUGGAACAGGUCUACAAUGCUCACGGUUGAAUUUGGUUCCUAGAGGUGUGGGGAAUGCAGUGGUUAAAGUUUUUGAUGUAGGGCUUUCUCCGCCGCUAACAGCUAUCUCAGCGGUCAAGGUUUCAGAGGCAGACUGGAUCAAAAUUAUAUCGGGGAAAGGAAUAAGCCUGAUGGAGGGAAGCUUAAUCUUGAUUGACCUUAUCGCUGGAACAGAUGAUGAGACAUUCGAGUCCUCGCAGUAUGCUUUCAUGAAUAUUCAAGUGCACAUUGAGGACCAAAUAGUCGAUCUUGUAGAUGGUCAUGAUGGAUAUGUUAAUGCGUCCAACUUUACAAUUCAUGGUAGAUCGGCUGGAGUAACCACUCUAUGUGUUACCUCUCGACAACAGUCUGGUAAAGAAGUCCGCAGUGAAAACAUCACAAUUGAAGUUUAUGCUCCACCUAUGGUACACCCCAAUGAUAUUUUCUUGGUUCCUGGCGCAUCUUACGUGUUUACUGUGGAAGGAGGACCGAGAAUGGGUAUCUUCAUUGAGUAUACAAGUAUGAAUGACAGUAUAGUGGCAGUUGAUGCUUGUGUGGGACGACUAUCUGGAGUAGCACCAGGCAAUGCUACUGUGCUUGCCACCUUUUAUGGGAAUGCACGAACAAUUCUAUGUCAAGCACAUGGUAAAGUCAGAGUAGGGGUUCCAUCAGCCGCCAUCCUGAAUGUACAAAGUGAGCAACUGGCUGUGGGACGUGAAAUGCCUAUUUUCCCUUUCUUAAUUGAGGGAGACUUGUUUUCAUUUUAUGAGCUGUGCAAGGACUACAACUGGACUAUUGAGAAUGAAAAGGUAUUGGGUUUCAGCCCCGCUGAGCAUUUGCAUGGUAACUACAAACUGCCUACAAGGAGCCAUGAGUAUGAGCAAGAAAUUAAUUUUCUUAAGGUGCUUUAUGGAAGAUCCGGUGGAAGAAGCAAAAUUCUACUUACAUUCACUUGUGACUUCUUGUCUCCCGGUUUUUUCCUACAUUCAAGGUCCUACAGUGCUUCUUUACUCAUAAGGGUUGUUCCUGAUCCUCCCCUCGCUCAUGGGAUUCCAAUAACAUGGAUUCUUCCUCCGCAUUAUACUACAUCAGAUCUUUUACCUUCAUCAAUAUCAGAUCGUCAAACGGGAUCCACUGCUUACUCUUUACUAGGAUGUUCUGGUCUAAAUGAUGAUGAAUGGCAAAAAGGUGCCAUUUCUAUAUCUGGAAGUAGAAUUAUAACUACAAAUAGCAACGAUCUUGCUUGUAUCCAGGCAAAAGACCUCAGUACCGGAAGAAUUGAGGUUGCCACGUGCCUGAAGGUGGCUGAGGUUGCUCAAAUCAGAUUUCUGAGGAAGUUGACAUUCUACCUUGCUGUUGGUUCUGAACUUGAACUUCCUGUUUACUUUUACGACAAUUUGGGAAAUCCCUUCCUUGAAGCUCACAAUGUGGUGGUGUUUGAUAUCGAUACUAACUUCAAGGACAUUCUUGCUAUUGAUAAGGUUAAUCAGAAUAAGGAGAGCAUCAAUAUCAAGGCGAUGCGGCAUGGUACAGCUCUUGUUGCAGUGAGAUUUGACCGUAAUCCAAAAAAGUCAGACUAUAUCAUGAUUUCUGUGGGAGCUCAUAUAAAUCCACAAGAUCCAAUUGCUCAUCCUGGAAGCAAUCUGAGCUUUAUUGUAGAAGGAUUAGAGAAUCAAGCACCAGGAGAAUGGUCAAGUAGUGAUGAAAGUGUUAUUUCUGUGGACUCACAAUCUGGUAAAGCUGUGGCAGUUGGAAAGGGUACAGCUGCAGUGAUGUUUCAAAGUUCAAUCUUGAAACUGCAAACGACCGUAAGUGUGCUGCAUGGGGAUCUCAUAACUGUUGAUACUCCAGCGGACAGCUUAACAAAUACUCCUCUUCCCCCCGGAGGAUAUAAAUUCUCAGUGAAAUUCAGCAGUAACCAUGGACUUGGAGCUCCCAGCACAAAUGUUGAGCUUCCUUAUGAAUGUCAAGUGGAGCCUACUUUUGUUGGGCAUGCUAAGCCAUGGAAGGAUCUUGACAGUGGUGAUUCAUAUUGCCUUUUCUUCCCUUUCUCUCCUGAACAUUUAGCGCAUACUGUACCAACAUUGAAGGAUGAGAGACCAGAUAUAAGCAUCUCCGUGCAUGCUAAACUAAGAGAAGCCAGAGACGUGUCCGGCUCCGCGUCUGCACUCUUUCUUGGUGGUUUUUCCAUCUUGGAUAUGGACAAGGAUAUUUUGCAGUUGAAUAUGUCGCCAAACUCUAACAGAAGCAUCAUAACACUAGUGGGCAAUACAGAUGUUAGUCUGCACUGGUUGAACCGAGAUCUAUUCACGGUUAGGACCUUGGUUAAAGAAGGUUCUGGCAUUGGUGGACGUGCACUAUAUGAGGUCGAAGUGCUAAAACGAAAGCCUUUCAAGGAAAUACUUACAUUUACUCUCCCAGUCAAUGGGCAGAGGGUGGAUCUAAUUGUAAACUAUGAAGCAGACAAGGAAAAGGAAUCAACUAUUAAUAGCACACUAUUGGCAGGAGCUAUGGGUUUUACACUAUUGAUACUUAGUAUUAUCAUCUAUAAAUGUUUCCUUGGCAGACCUGAUAGUACUCACCCGUCUGUUCGCUCAUCUGUUGCUUUUCAAGCACAAAAUAUUGCUGCACCUCAGACUCCUGAUCGUACUAGCCUUGCUCCUCAAACUGAACGGUCCCCUCAGACACCCCAGCCCUUCAUCGACUAUGUGAGGAGAACGAUAGAUGAAACUCCGUACUAUAGGCGUGAAAGGAGGAGAAGGUUUGAUCCACAAAAUACCUAUUAGCUCUGUAGUUGGGGAUUGAAUACACAUUGCAAAUCGGCCUGUAUAAAACUUCCAACUGAUAGAGAUCAUGAUAUCUAACGAUAAGGAUGAUAUCAAAUUGUAGCAUAUACUCUAUGUUAGUCUCUAGAUUGGUAUCCGCCUAUCCUACCUUAUGUAUGGAUGUAUGUCAUUGUAAGUUCGUGUAUCUUUUAGUUUCCGUAGUCUCGAAUAUUCAAUUCUUUUAGUGCUUCUCUGUUGUUCUAAAAGCAUUGUGUAAAUAAUAUGGAAAUUGAAUGCAAAAAUUCUGUCCUCCAUUAAUUCUCA